AUGCUACGCCAGAUACGAGGCCUCCGCAUGGACGUGACCGAGCUCGACGUGAUCGGCGAACCGCGCAACGGCCCCGUCCAGCAGCUUCUGAAGAAGACGUCCGGGCGGACCACCGUGCCGCAGGUCUUCAUCAAUUCCAAGUUCAUCGGAGGCGACGACGACAUGAAACGCCUCGCGUCGGCGGGCGCGCUCGAGUCGGCCUUGACGGCCGCAAUCAACUGA